UAAGAGAAUUUUCAAUCAGUUCACAAGCACCCAGACCGAAAAACGUGGCAAUCCUAAAAAAUAUUAUCCAACCAGUUUCCAUAAAAACUAAAAGUGAAAACCCCAUCGAUACCAUGGACUGCCAGCCGACCAAGUGCGCCCUGUGUGGAGUGCCGUCCGGCCUGAAGUGCGCCGGCUGCAAACUGGUGGUCUAUUGCAGCCCGGAACACCAGAAGAAGCACUGGCGCAAGCAGCACAAGAACGAGUGCGCUAAGCCAUAUGAGAUUGUGCAGCAGAACGAAAACGCGAAGCUGUCUCGUAACGAGGAAAUUGGACGUUUCUUUCUGGCAACCGAACGAAUCCCCAAGGACACGAUCCUGUUCACCGAAGCUCCCAUGGCCAUCGGCCCGAAAUGGAAUCUGGCUGAGUACGAGCAACGUUCGAUGACCGUCCCGUGCGUGGGAUGCUUUGCCGAUUGCCAACUCGGACUACAUCGAUGCGAAGCGUGUCACUGGCCUGCUUGCAAACCGGACUGCCCGGGGCUAGAAAAUGCCAACUUACAUGCAUUGGAAUGCGGCAUUCUCCGAUUCGGAGCGGGACCCAAACCGAAAGACGACCCGGAAGCGGUCUUCGAUUACUAUCGGUACGAUGCAUUGCUCGUGCUCAAAUGUCUAGCGCUGCAAAUCCGCAACCGGCAGUUGUUUGAUCAGAUGAUGCAAUUGGAAAGUCACUACGAAGCACGGAAGGGUACGCCAUUCUACAAGGAAGCUGAUGAGCGAACAGUUCAAUAUCUUCUGAAGAACUUUUUGAAUCCUUUGAAGAAGAUGGAGGAGCAGCAGGGUAAGACUGUGCUACCGGUAUGUGAUGCCAAGACCUUACACAAGAUCAGUGGAAUCCUCGAAGUCAACGCCAUGGUAAUUCCGCUCUCCAAUGGACGGGAAAUUUGCGGUUUGUACCCCAUUGGAUGUAUGCUGGAACACUGUUGCAUGCCCAACUGCUUCUAUACGUUCAACUGCACCAAGGGUAUGAAACUCACGUUCAAGGCGGGCAGGGAUAUCGAAAAAGGUGAACAUCUCGCUACCACAUACACCCACUCCUUAUGGGGAACUCAGCAACGGCGUGAACACCUUAAAACCAACAAGUACUUCUCCUGCACCUGUGCCCGCUGCGCUGAUCCCACCGAGUUAGGAACAUAUCUCAGUGCCCUCAAAUGCAUGGGAAUCGACGGAAACAGCUGUGGUGGUUAUCAGUUGCCUAUCGACCCCCUGAAAGAGACCAGCGAUUGGAAGUGCAAUCAAUGUCCCGUUCAAAUCGAAGCUGAUCAAGUCAAUUUUUUGCUGUCCAAAAUCGGCGAAGAAGUAGACGAUGCCAUGGAACGUAAAACAUCCGUCAAACAGCUGGAAGAUCUCAUAUCGAAGCUGUUGACUUUCCUUCAUCCGAAUCAUCAUUUCCUGCUUCAGUUGAAGCACACUCUGAUCCAGAUGUAUGGCCACUUUAAGGGCUACGCCACUAAUCAACUGUCAGAUCGUAUCCUGGCGGAAAAGGUGGACAUUUGUCGUCAGAUGACCAAAGUCAUCGAAACUCUGGAUCCGGAUUCGUUCCGGUUGAGUUUGUAUGCGGCGGUGGUGUUUUUCGAACAACAAUCGGCAUUGAUUGAGAUCAACGAACGCAAGAUACGUUCCGGAGCGCCGGGAUCGGACGAGAGCGUACAAAAGAACUACAAUGAGGCACUGCACUGUUUAAUGAAGGGUAAGAAGGUGCUGGUAAACGAAAUGGGAACCCAACAAGGGAAAAUUCUGCUCGAGAAAAUCGAGAAGGCGACCGAGGAAGUUGAAACGAUAAUUAUGGUUUAGAUUUUUCUGUUUCUGAUAUAAUUCUGAUAGAGCAUUUUUAUUUCACGUCAUUAAACAUUCUGGUUAUCA